UUCAAAUCCAUAUCCGUACUUCAUUUUUGCAAACUUCAAAUUUUGUAUAUCAUAACAAGAUCCGUACACGUAAAUAUACACAAUAGUUACUAGUAGCCCUAAAAAAUUCCUUCUGUGAUUUUUAUGCUUUACAAGAUCAUCUUGUAUACAGUCUAAAGCAAGCAUAAACUACUUUUUUUUUCGGUUAGAUAGCCUAUCAAAAACAAUAGCCAUAUAUGAUCGAUGUUACCGGGAAAAAUCGAUCAAGGGCAAGAAGCCGCCUACUUAUACAACAAUCUAAGUAGUAGUAGUACCCUAGAUGAUCAUAAUGAGUUAGAAGAUCAUCAAACUCGAUCCUCAUCAUCGUCUUCAUCUUCGCCGUCGACCGCCACGUGUCACCCGGGAAAUGCCAAAUGGAAUCAACAACAACAACACAAAAAGUCAACGUUAUCGAGUAACAAAAGUACGUUGACGGAUGAACAAGAAUUAAUGUGGGAGGAAUUAAUUGUGGAGGAUGAUCAAUUAGCGACGAGUGGCAAUAACAUUGACUUUUGUUGUUCUUCGUCGUCGUCGAGUAGGCGACAAUCGACACUUGGAGCGUCGACGACGACUUUAGAAGAGUUCCUCGUCCGGGCAGGUGUCCUAGGGAGUCAUCAAGAAUGCGUUACAAAUGUUGUUAAUAUUCCUAGUUUCCCUUCGUCGGUAUAUAAUGGGGUUUUAGUAAAACAACAGCAACAAGAGAUUCAAGAACAAUUCCAAAUGGAGGAGGAUUCCGGUGGUGGUCAUAACAAUGCCGGUUCUUUUCCGUUCGGCCGGGUUGACGGGUUAUUGGAUUUGAAUUUCGAGGUGCCGAAUAUGGACGUUUUUCAGGAUCCGGGUUUGGAUGAGGCCGCGGGUCAUGAUCAUGUGGUGGAUUUAUCUGUCGAUGGAGUACAAGAUGGACAACAACAGGCGAACGACGAGGACGACGGCGGCCGGCAGCAGCCACGUGCUGCCACCAGUGAGGCAGCGGAAAAGAGUGCUUCGAGGAGGCAAAGGAGAAUGAUAAAGAACCGGGAAUCUGCUGCGAGAUCAAGGGCAAGGAAACAGGCUUAUAACAAGCAAUUGGAGCAAGAAAUACUACGACUCAAGUCAGAAAAUGAAUCUCUCAUAAAGCGAAAGGAAUUCAUGGGACGCUUAGACUCCCUUCAGAAAGCGAAACCAAGAUACCAAAUGCGAAGGACCAGCUCAGCUCCAUCAUUAACAACUCUCUAGUUUGCUAUAUAUCUACUACAAGCAUUUUACAUUUGAACUGGAAAUUGUAAUUUGAACUAGAAACACCAUGCAGACUAUUUGCUUUUGAUUAAUUUAGUAAAAUACUCCCUCCGG